AUGGCAGAUCCAUUUUCCAUCACCGGCAGCGCCGUCGGUGUCGUUUCCCUUGCCAUCCAGGUUUGCAAAGGCCUCGAAUGGUACCUCAGUGGCGUCAAGGAAGCGAAGAACAAGGCUGAACAGAUUACGGCGGAAACUGAACAACUUGCAAACCUUCUCGAAUUGCUCGAAUCUACCAUUAGCAAAGUGGAUCAGUCCAACUCAGUGUCGGCGACUCGUACCGGCAUCGUGUCGUGUGCGCAUGCCAUUGCCACUAUUCGCAAGAAACUCAAACCGGAUGACGAAGCAGUGAACGGCGGAAUGAAGUCAAGUUUGAAGAGGCUGACCAAGCGACUGGCCUUCCCAUUCAAAGAGGCUGAGAUCAGAUACUGGAAGGACGUUCUGAACACGGUGCAGCAAAGCUUGCAGACUGCACUAUCUGCCCUUCUCAUUGAUCAACAGCGCUUGGCUUUUGAAGAUGUUCAGGCACGCUUCAUGCAGCUGUCCAUGGAACAAAGUGCGCAACACUACGCCAGCCUACAACUGCAGUGCGAUGGCUUUAAUAGCACAAGUUUUCAGCUCGCUGGACACUCACACAUUGUCGAAACGGGGUUUUUGGCCACGUCACACAGCUUACAGAAUCUCCAUACCGGUAUACACAGUUUACAAGCAAAGCUCGACGAGAUAUCGCUCAUGACGGACUCUACGCUGGAUACUGAUAUCAUUAACAUGAGAUCGCUCCACCGAAAAGACCGAAGACUGAAACAACGAUACGGAAAACUCUCAUGUACAUGCCGGCCGCAAACCUCAGCGCUUGGCUACCAAACGAGAAGGUUGGCCAUCACAUACGCACGAACCAGCAUGCACGACCCCGGGUGUCCUCAAGCUCCACUUCAGAACGCGAUGACGGAUCUGCAGCUUCAAGCUACACUGUGUAGUCUUCUUCUCAGGAAGAAAGUCUUGCUGUCUUUUCAACUAUCUUAUGGCGCUGGAUUGUCGGUCAAGCAGAAUCUGGAGUUGCUUUCAUAUCACGCCUCUCGGCAGUUUAUGGGCUUCCACACGAGUCUUCUAAGAUCUCUAUUUGAACAAGAUCUGCAGAUGACUAGGAGUAUCUUCAUGAGAGCAGCGUUCGCCAGCCAAGAGGGGUUAGCGGUCUUGGCCCAGGUCCGCUACGAAAGUUUCACCAGCCCAUUACUAGAUGACAGCGAGUUACUAGAGGCGAUUGUCGUGAAAUCGGACCGUCAACUCCAGGAGUUCUUCCAUCAACCCAAGUACUUGUACGCUCUAGAUGCCGACACGAUCGUCAAUGCCCUGAUCAUGUCUACCGUUACUGGUUGGAUGGAUGGUUGCAGAGUCCUGCUCAAUGCUAACUUGGUUGGAUAUCUGGAAGACCCUGACUUUGAAUUGCGGUACUCCGGUCAAACUUUACUCAUGCUCUCAGCCGCUACAAAUCAACCGGACAUGUUGCAAUUUUGGUUGUCACAAAGGGAGACGCACGAUGGACCACUGCUCAAAUUAAUUGGUCACUUCGAGGACGCGCUUCAUUUCCAUUGGAUCUUUGACCAAGGAACUCCCGGUACUGACGUUAUCCCGCUCGUAUCAAGUUAUCUCCUCAAGCAACGACACGAGUUUCCUCUCCUCUGCGAUCGAUUCAAGAACACACUUUCAGCGAGAGAGUUGGGAAAGCUCAGGGUGUAUGCAAUUGACGACUAUGUCGAGUCACGAUAUGAGCUCUUCACGGGGACAUUCCUCGAUCUGACCCUGUGGGUUGACAGAGCGGCAAACACACUCGGUCUCUCUCGCCUCAUUCAUGAUUACAUCCGCCUCUUCGUGUUCUCAUAUCUAGAGAUACAACACACAUGCUGCGACAUCACUCGCAUCAGCCGGUACCGGGGCAAUCCUGAUUCUUCCGAGCAACCAUACCCUCGGUAUCCUCCAACGAAAUUACGGCGCAUCACCAACGAGGACGCGCAUCUACGCGCACGACUGGAAGAGCUUGUACCCGAGCUCAUCUCUCAAUACGACUCUUUCGGUGGACAGCUCCAGGACUUCGUCAUCGACGUUCUCAUUCCGACAAUGCGCAGAACUGCGAAGGAGUUGAAAGAGGAAGACAAAACACUGUAG